GUGCCCGAUGAAUAAGGUAGGUAAUAGCACGGUGUGUACUUAGGUACAGAGCCAGACUGCGCUAAGGGCCGGCAAGCUUUACAGCGGUCGUGCUUCCUGCGGGGAAGGGAUGCGCCUUAUCUUAUCGGCACGCCUAAUGCUGGCGAGGAAGGCCCGCACUGGGAGAACUGAUCCAUACUCCCAUCCAUUGAAGUGGUCCCCUCGUCACCAGCCCAUGCCGCAAUCUUCACUCUUUUUCCCCGUUACAUGUUUCGGCAUGCGCCCACGAACAAAAGCACCCGCUGAGGAAACGGCCCUGGAACUGCAGCUUUCGAGACCCUUCUAACCACCAGCAUGAGUUGCCUUUGACUCUCUUGACCCACGCGACACCGACCAGGUAGCUUUGUAACGGCCUCGACACAUGCGCUCGCGACCUCAAGCUUUUUGGACAAAAGCUGUGGACGAACUUCAUCUCCGAGCUUCUGUAAGCUGUCGCCUUCUCCCAUCGGUAUUUUUAAGACGACGAAGCGUCACAAUCUGGCGAGGCAGACCGAACGACAUCCGCAACGACGACCGUAACACCCUACAGCUUCUCGCACGCUUCCUGAACGAGCGCGUCGACAUGCCUGCGGACAAAUCGAAAAAGCGCAAGGCGGACAAGGACCUACAGAGAUACUACGCUGUGCGCGUCGGUCUCCGGCCAGGUGUAUAUUUGACAUGGCUUGAAUGCCAGAAACAGACUGCUCAUCAAAAAGGAGCAAUAUACAAGUCUUUUUUCACACGCGAAGAGGCCCAGGCUUUUGUGGAAGGCAAGUUCGUACCCGCGCCAGCCGGGGAAAAGCCCUCCCCUCCAAGAUACUAUGCUGUCGCGCGUGGUCAUUUCACGGGCAUCUUCGUCAACGACUGGGAUACGGUUUCCUUGGCAAUCAAGGAUGCCAAAGGGCCCAAGUAUAAGAGGUUCGACACAUACACCGGCGCGUUAGAGUUCAUUAGGGAAUGGGGCAAUGAGGAAACGAUUGCUGGCGCUGAGGCAGGCGCCUUGAACGCGGGUAUCAAGGUUCUGCCGAGGAAGCCAGCCACCAGCUCCGCAACGAAGGCCACGAAGGUGAAGAAGGAGAACCAUGAUGGGGUGGAGGAAGAGAUGGAGAAGGAACCUAAAGACGAUCCCGUAAAUUCGGAGGUACUGAACUUGCCGCAAAUCUAUAUCGACGGAGCUACGGCGGGCAACGGCACUCCUUCUGCCAGGGGCGGCGUGGGCGUCUACUUCGGACCCAACGAUGCAAGGAACAUAUCUGAACCCCUCGAAGGUGAACCACAAACGAAUCAGCGAGCAGAACUUACCGCCGUCCUUCGAGCACUCGAGUACACCUCAGUCACGCAAGAUGUCCAGAUCUGGACGGAUAGCGAAUACGCAAAGAACUGCGUCACUCGCGACUGCAAAAAGUGGAUGGCCAACGGCUGGAAGACUUGGAAAGGACCCGUAAAAAAUCAGGACUUGAUCAAGGCAAUAAUGGAUCAUCUCAACAGGCGAGAGGCUGCAGGGACAAUAACGAGCAUCAACUGGGUGAAGGCUCACACCACAGAGCAAGACCCGACAUCUGUAGGCAACAGGGCUGCGGAUGAGCUCGCCACGGCCGGUGCAAGAAAGACUUUGCCAACGAAGUCAAGAAGAAAGCUCAAGUGAGGCGGCAAUGAUGGGCUCUGAAUCAAAGUUGGAUGAGGAUGAUUACGAUCCUACAAAGCACGUAUAAGUCGUGUUCUUUAUGCCGGUCAGGUGGCGAUAGCAUAGGAUACGAUGCGGCAGUGAGUCGGAGGGGUCGACAGAGGGCGACCUUGCGCGCUAAUUGACGAUACCCGCACAAAGCUCCAACCCCUCGCACUACCGGUCUGCAGCAGCGAUACGGGCGAUGUUGAAUAUCGUCAUACUCGUGAAGGGUCGUUGACUUGAUGUGACGGUCAUGUCAAAGGGGCGUUUCGGGCGCAGGUGACUACGGUUGAUUGCAUGGUGCCGUUUCUGCUUGUGUCAAUAUCCCCAUUCCUUAAGACUUUUCUCGGCCUUUGAUCCUGUAAUUAUUUUUCCAAUGGCGGAUCGUAUAUCUGGU